AUGAGCGAAGAUCAACCUAUCGACCAUGUGCAUUCCUCCUCGCGGUGUCCAUGCCGUCCCACACAGCGCAGGUCGCACAAGAAGUCCCGCAACGGCUGCCGCAACUGCAAGCAGCGUAGGGUCAAGUGUGAUGAGAAUAAGCCCGUUUGCAGCAACUGCUCUCGCUGCUCAAUCCCUUGCGACUUUGAUCCCGCCAACGCAUCUGCCUCCUUGCCGGCUGCCAAUGCCCCGAGGAGACGCGGUCGGCCCCUGAAGUGGACUUCAAGUCCUGAUGAUCAGGCUCUUAAAUCCACACCUGGCUUGUCCGAAUUACGCGAACCCGACUUAUCCGCACCCGGGCCUGAGGUACCCUUGAAUGUUCAAGAGAUGCAGCUCUUCUACCACUUCAUCACCACCACUUCACUCACACUUGGAGAUGACGUCCUCUGGCAUGACAAAGUGCCGCGUCUCGCUUUCGAGCAUCAUUAUAUCCUCCGACUCAUGCUUGCCAUGUCAGCACUCCAUCUAUCACGGCUACGGGCCAUUGAGGCAAGUAAGUACGAGGAGCUCGCCGAGGCUCAUGCUUCCGUGGCUUUGCGCCAAGUCACAGAGCUUCUCCCCCAUGUCAGUCGAAAGAACUGUUCGGCGCUAUACAUAGCGACCGUUCUAGUUUGUAAUUAUACCUUUGCAAAGCCGCCAGGGAACAAUCACUUCCUUCUUGUCGCUGCGGGCACCAAGGUUGCCUGGUGGAAUCUUUUUCGAGGCGUUCGCAUCGUCAUCGAGACUAUGGGUCUACCAGCAAUAUUCUCCGGUGUUCUCGGCCCCUUCCCUCCAGAAACUACAACAAAGCUACCUCCAAUAGAGGACAAACAAGGAUACAUACCGUGGGAAGGGCCAAUGUCCAGCCUGGACGAACUAAUCGCCGGCUGCCAAGAUCCAGGACUCGAGAAUCUCAAAGGAAUCUGCGAAGGACUUAUCGAUUGUUUCCGUGGUGUAUACGGAACUGCCGAAGAACCAGAGAGUGACACCCAUGGAAAGAUGCACAUUGUUAUGCGCUGGCUAUGGCUUUUGGAGGAUGACUUCCUUCACCAAGUCAACAGCAUGAUACCUCAGGCCCUUUUACUUUUGGGCCAUUUUGCAGUCCUGAUCCAGACUGUCGAAUGCUUCUGGUUUAUGAAAGGAUGGGCACAUCAUAUUAUAGAGGGUAUCCAGCCGCACCUUGACUCGAACUACAUUGGUUGGAUAUCCUGGCCUCAGAGGGAGAUAGAACAAUGA